AUGGCAGAAUCAGAGCUCGCCCCCAAGUUUGCCCCCUUUAUUGGGAUGGCCGGAAUUGCAGCUGCAAUGGUCUUCGGAUGUAUUGGUGCUGCUUACGGCACAGCCAAGUCUGGCAUCGGCAUUGCUGGUGUCGGUACAUUUCGACCAGACCUUAUCAUGAAGUGCCUUAUCCCCGUCGUCAUGUCCGGUAUUAUUGCCGUUUACUCGCUUGUCAUCUCCGUCCUCAUCGCUGAGGAUCUCGACCCAGGCAAGAACUACAGCCUGUUUUCUGGUUUUCUGCAUCUCGGAUGUGGUAUUGCAGUCGGCAUGACUGGCCUUGCCGCCGGUUACUGCAUCGGAGUUGUCGGCGACACUGGCGUUCGUGCUUAUAUGGAGCAGUCUAGGAUCUUUGUUGGCAUGGUCCUGAUUCUUAUCUUCGGCGAAGUUCUUGGUCUUUAUGGACUCAUCGUUGCUCUUCUCCUGAACAGCAAGAGCAAGGGCUAA